GAUGCCUUCGAAAUCAUUGUAGAGGAUGUAUUUUGUCCAGUUUUUAGUAAAGAAUAUAUGGGCUUGUGUGAAAUGCUAGAUGAACCUAUCUUACUGGGUCCUGCUAUUAGAAUGUUUGGAUUUAAGACUUGUCCACCACCUGUUGGUGUUUAUGGAAAUCAAGGCCUUGAAAUACCAAUGGAAUCAUUGCCAGAUGAAUUUAUAUCUAAUAAAUAUCUAGUAGUCUUAGAAUUACUAUACGAGGACGAGAAAUUAGUCGUAUUAAAUAUAUACUCUAAUUUUCAAUAA